UUUUUCCCCUGGACCGUGAACGCGGCGGUCGGGAGGCUGACCCGGAAGUAGAGCUCGGUCGUCUUCGCCCAGCAACAACACUGGACUGUUCGCCGUUAGCUGUUACUUAGCGGCGCUCGGAGACCGGUUUCUGACACAGAUUUCUCAUCGCGUACCCGAAAUGGCUGAAGUAGAAGAAACUCUGAAGAGGAUCCAGAGUCAGAAGGGAGUGCAGGGAAUCAUCAUCGUCAAUUCAGAGGGAAUCCCCAUCAAGACGACCCUGGACAACUCCAGCACGGUGCAGUACGCAGGACUGAUCCACCAGCUGGUGAUGAAGGCCAGGAGCACCAUACGAGACAUCGACCCCCAGAACGACCUCACCUUCCUCCGGGUCCGAUCCAAGAAGAACGAGAUCAUGAUCGCUCCAGAUAAGGACUAUUUCUUGAUCGUCAUUCAGAACCCGUCAGACUGAAACCGAAGGAGCUUGCUGCCCGACUCAUUACUCUCUGUCUGUCUUUCAUAUCUAAACAGCCAAACUUUUUUUUUUUUUGUCUCGCUAAAUCAAAAGAACCUGUUUACCUGAAGCUUUUUUUAUGCACUUGCUGUACAAAGAAGUAAAGGCAGGAUGUGAAGGAGGAGGAAACCGACUCUCGGCUCAGUGACAAGAUGCGUGAGCCAUACGGCAGCCGGUCACCCUGCGGGCAAAUGUCUUUUCCCAUGUUUUAGCAUUCCAGUUCAGUCUCUUCUCCACGCAUAAUGUACCUUAUGUCACUGUGUCGAUCACAUAUGUAUUUUAGCACAUAGCGAGAAGUGCACACCUGCUAAAAUACCUAUGGCAGAAGUAGGAAACUCAAAGCUGCACCGGCGGAUGCAUGUAUGCGCACAGUGUACAGGAGAGCGAGACCACAGCACGUCUUUAGGUUUGAGGAGGGUUUUUUUUUUCGGUUCAAUCUUAAUGGAAAUCUCGGAUUGUUAUUUAUUUUGUUAGCAAAAGAUGUUGAAGUGCAGUAUUUCAGUGGUGAGCAGCGAACUACACUACAGACACUUCUCUACUCUUGCCAUGUCAAGUUCCUGUUGGUUAUUUGU